AUGUCGGGCUUCCAGAUGCAUUCGAUCAAGCGCCAGGCGCGUAAAGAAGCAUGGUACGGAGACUCGAUGAACCCGUUUCGGCAGACUGGUAGGACUUCGACUUGGCAUAAUCACAAUGAUCUCGAAGAUCUCAAUGAAAGACCCUCAUCAGCGUUUGGUCGGUCAGAUUCUGUGUCAUCACCAGCAACAACACAGACUGAACUUCCCCUUCGUCGUCCAUUCAGUUCGGACGGGAAUGCCAUUAGGCGCGCUUCACCUGAAGAUCAACACGAGAUGACAAUGGCAAAUGCAACAAGCUCUGAUCAUGGAGCAAAAGCGAGCAUACGAAGCUCCAUCACACCUAGACCUCCAAGUCAGGAGGCCAAAACACGCUGGAGAUUUGUGUCAAAGUUCUUUCGUCGUGUGGUCGACCUCUCCAAGACCGAGGAUGAGGAUGAGGAGAGUGGUGUGAACCAACGGACAAAGUGGAAGAAAACAGUCCACAAACCCUUCACAGUGAGAAACCAAAUAGCAGCUAUCAUCAUGGUGUCAUGGAUUAGGGUUCUGCUAUUACUCACACCCGUCGGAUUUGCUGUCCAUUACUCGCAUUGUAGUUCGACAGCUGAUUUUCUGGUUAAUUUUUUUGCAAUCUUACCCCUAACUGAUAUGUUUGGACAAGCCUUGGUUGAGCUUAAGACUUGGGCUGGAGACCCAAGAUUGGAGCUUGUUGCUUAUAUUCUCUGUGGAAACAUCAACCAGACGUUCACGUCCGCCCUUCUUCUUCGCAGUCACCAAAUCACUGUACUUAAAAGCACCCUCUUAGGAGGCAUGCUUCUUAGGAUCUUGCUGAUAACUAGCAUUGCAAUCCUAACAAAUGACUCCCGACACAGAUUCCAGAAGAAGUCUGUAGCAGUAUCACUGAGUAAGCAUCUAAGUAUUGCUUUGACGGGCCUUAUCAUCCCAACGGCUCUUUCGAUGGUCACCUCACCCAAUACAACCGACAUUCUCAAGCAAUCUCGUGGGGUUUCGUUUGUGCUCCUGGGUCUUUAUGGCCUCUAUCUCUACUCGGAGUGGCAAGUGUACUCACUACUCGGUCUCAUGAAUUUAGUUGAUUCCAAGGACGACAAGAAAGUAGGCAAAGGCUACAUAGCUCUCAGCGGUGGUCAUGUUAAGUUUUCCCUAUCACUUGCAGGCUUUUUGGCGGCUGCACCAGGUCGACCGAGGAUUCCAGGCAGGGUGAAGGAACUAGAUCGCCCAGAAAAUUACGACGAGCUGAUAGAUAUCAAUGCGUUGAACAAGGAUGAAGAGAAUGUUGAAAAAGAGCCACAACUUCAUUUCUGGAAUUGCGUCUUGCUUCUCUUCGUCAUGGGAGCAUUGCUUGCACUUCACAUCUUGUUCAUCUCAGAUAGCUUGGUUGGGUUUACACAAGAGACGGGAACGACGGAAGAAUUCAUCGGCUUGAUUCUUCUUCCUAUCUUAGGACUCGACUCGACGCUGCUUCAUCUUGAUAACCGGUCUAACAACGAGACGGUUGCGCAGACAACUUUGGGUUUGGGAUUGCAGACUAUAUUGUUCAUGAUGCCACUUGUAGUACUUGUUGGAUGGGCCGCAGGUAUUGAAGGCGUUGAUCUUCUCUUCAGCCCAUUCGAGGUCACCGUGCUGUUUCCUGCUGUCCUGGUGGUGCAGUCUAGCAUCGAGGAAAAUGAUAAGGGAUGGUCAGUCAGCCCCAACUGCGAGGAUUUAAAGAAGGCUGCUGACUUUAGAGAUCUAGGUUAUCGGGUGCAUUGCUAUUCUCGACAUACCUAA